UCGCCUUUAUUUUUACUUUUCCGGCUAAACUCUGUUGGGGUAUAAAGCUACAGAAAUUACGUGUCAAUGUGUACUCGUGUUUAAAGGUCGCACGAAUGGUACUAUCGGUACCUCAUACUGUCUCCCAUCAACUUAAUUGCGCUGCCGUGGUAAACCUAGUUCGAAAACAAAACUCCUACGGUGUUGAGUGUAUGACUGUUUACUUCUCUCUUCGUUUUUCAAGCACAUUAUGGUGUAUCUAACUUUCCUAUUAGGCACGUGCGUUUUAUCUACCACACUUUUGAAUUAUGCAUGGGCACAAGGAAAUGAACUAGCAGCCGUCCGAGAUGUAGGCGCAUCCCUAAAUCAGUUUACUUUGAGAUUACUAGCGGAAACGAAUGAUCAGGUCGGAGAUGGCUUAAAUUUAGCAUUAUCGCCUUACACAGUUUGGUCAUUGCUGACAGUUAUAGCAGAAGGCGCGAACGGCAAUACGGCGAAAGAACUCGAACAAUCUUUAGGAAUUCCGCCAAAUAAAGAACCAUUCAGGCGCAACUAUAAGUCAUUCUCGAAAUACUUGCAGCAAAAAUCCAAAGACGUGCAAUUAGAUCUCAGUAGCGCAAUUUUCACGACAAAAGAACAGAAUAUUAAUCGUCCCUUUCAAACGUUAGCAAACAAUUUUUACGGCGUCGAUAUAAUCCCUACGAAUUUUAAAAAAUUGACGGAAGGGGUAACCACAAUAAACAAUUAUGUGUCCCAAGCAACGAAUAAUAGAAUAAACAAUUUUGUUAAAAUUGAGGACGUUGCCGAUGCCGAAAUACUGCUGGUCAGUACCUUGUUCUUCAAAGGGCGCUGGAGGACACCCUUUAACAAAACUGCAACGUUUCGAGAUACAUUCUACGACAGUACUGGCAAUAAAGUUAAGGGUUCAGUACAGAUGAUGUACCAACUUGGCGACUUUCCUUACACCAUCCUCAGCGCAUUAAGAUCGCACGCAAUCGAGUUGCCGUUUGGAGAUAACGGCAAAAUGUCUCUCGUGGUAAUUCUACCUCAAAAAGGAGAGAUGCUCAAUUCCGUACUGCGUCGCUUAUCAAAUAUGCCAUUUUCAUAUGUCUUCGAUGCGUUAGAAGUGGCCGAACAACAAUUUGCGGGAGACCUGGUCCACGUAUUCUUACCGCGAUUUAACAUGAAGUCGGAAUUGAAUCUCAACCAAAUACUGGAUCAUAUGGGGAUAAGGGACGUGCUCAAUCCACAAAAGGCAGAUUUAUUAGGAAUAUUCCCACAUUAUCUGUUUGUCUCUCGUGUAAUUCAUGAAGCGAAAAUCGAGGUGAAUGAGGAGGGUGCGGAGGCGUCAGCCGCUGCGGGUGCCGCACUUCAAAAUAAAAUCCCUUCUCCAAAAUUCCAAGCUAAUAGGGAUUUUGCAUACUUCAUAAUAGAUAAGCCCACCCGAAGUAUACUCUUUGCUGGCAAAUUCACCAAUCCUACAACUAUUUGUGAUACUUGUACAUGAAACAGUAUAAUUAUAUGUAACUAAUAAGGAACAUUAAUUUAUCUUAACGUAGCUUUUUUUAAAUAGAACUAUCCUCAAGUUGAA